AUAAUAAACAAUAAUGUGUAACUUGAGUAUCCGACCGGCGACUAGUAUUCGGGAAAUAAUAUGAAAAUAUAAUGCAUAUUAUAAAUAUUAUUUCAUAUAAUAUUGCUAAUUUUUUUACAGUUUUCAUGUUUUUGGUUUUAGCAAAAUGAACUGUUUAUUGAAGUUAAGUGGUUACAGAUUUCACAAAAGCUUGUUUACAGUGUUAGGAAAAUCAUCAUUCACACAUUCAGCCAUUUCAUUGAAAAAUAAAUGCGGUUCAAAAGGCCCUCCUUGGCGAGUUAUGUUCUUUGGCAAUGAUGAUUUUUCGGUCAAAAGUCUUCAGAUGCUCACAUCAAAAAUGAGAACACAGACCAUAAUUUCCAAGGUAGAUGUUGUCACAACUUCUACAGGCAAUGGCAUCAAUGUCAACAAUUUUGCAAAAGAAGAAAAAUUAGAAAUAUACGAUUGGCCUGUUGACACAACACUCUUAGACGGAAAAUAUGAUAUUGGAGUAGUAGUGUCGUUCGGACGAUUGAUACCGGAAAAAAUUAUAAAAUGUUUUCCACAAGGAAUGAUUAAUGUACAUGCUAGUCUUUUACCCCGAUGGCGAGGAGCAGCACCUAUAAUAUAUACUAUACUUAAUGGCGAUUUAACAUCUGGAGUAACAAUAAUGAAAAUUCAUCCUCGUAGGUUUGAUGUUGGUGAAAUUGUAAGACAACAUAGUUGUUCAGUUGGCAAAGAUGAAACAGCUGAUGAACUAAAGAAAAAACUAUCAGAUAUGGGUGGACGUUUGUUAAUUGAUUCAUUUAAAGAAUUAACAAAGAAUUUAAGGCACGCAGUACCACAAUCUGAAAAUGGGAUAACUUAUGCACCAAAAGUGGACAAAACUCUAUCCAUUAUUGAUUGGAAUGUUACGGAUUCUAAGUCAGUUUAUAACAAAUAUCGAGCAUUAUCUGGCUUGUGGCCAUUAAUAACCACUUGGCAUGGGACAUCUGUAAAAUUAUUAAAAGUAUGCAAUUAUCAGAUGUCAAAUUCAGAAACUCAGUUACAACCAGGAGGUUUAGUAUAUGAUAAGCAAAGAAAAAAAUUAUUUGUUAAAUGUGGUGGAAAAGGAGGUUACGUGUCUAUUGAAAAACUUAAAAUUCCUGGACAUAAAACAAUGUCGGGUAAAGAUUUUUUCAAUGGUUUUGUUUAUAUGAAACCAAAUAGAGAGAGAAAAUUUGAUAGUACUCAAUAAUUUGAUUGAAUAAUAUGUAAACUUACAAUUAACAAAUCCUGUGUACUGGCAAAUAGUUAUUGAGAUUCUUUUAUUGUAAAAUGUAUAAUGUAUAUGUAAAAUAUAUGUAAAAUUGUUACCAAG